AUGAAGCAGAUAUGGCAGCCCGAUGGGCAUAUGGAACCUCCGCAGCCCUUUGGAGUCGGCCCACCGAUGCAUCCGAUGGGCCCCAAUGGCAUGAUCGACGGCAUGGUCGGCGAAUACAUGAGACCCGACGGCACGUGGGAGAUCCCCGGUGGUCCACCCAUGAAGCAGGAAGAAAUGUGGAAACAGGGGCCACCACACCCCGGGCAACACCCACAAUGGGUACCCAACGGAAGGUGGAAUGGGCCACCUGGACCCCCGCAAAUGAUGCGCCAACCACCGCCACCGCCCAUGGGCCGGCCGAUGCCCCCGAUGGCAGGAAAUGGCUGGCCCCCAGGAGGUAUGAUCCCCGGGAUGAAUGGGCCCCCGCAAGGGAUGGCCCCGUGGAAUGGGCCACCUGGCGGAGGCGGCCGAGGUGGAAUGGGACAGCGAGGCGGACGACCUGGAGGAGGAGGAGGGCCGAAUGGACGAUUUGUCGACCUCUCGAUUCCGCCGCCUAUUGAUAUUCCGUACCAAGGCCACAUGGGAAUGCGCGGAGGCCCACCCCCAGCCGGACCUCAAAUGUGGAAAGAUCCAGCGGCGAUGGGCAUGCGGAAUCCACAGUUCACCCCGGAUAACCAAUUCCAAGCCCAGAACGUGGACUUUGGGUCGCCGUACGGGCAGAAGCCGAUGAGCCAAGGGGGCAUGGGGCAAUUUAUUGCCGGAGCGCCGCCACCGCCCGAGAACGACAGCAUGGUGUGGCACGAUCCAAACGGGGAUUUGAAGAAGUGGCAGAGGGACACUGGAGUUAAUAUUUGGGGCGAUCCGGAUAAAGCUGCCCAACGUCCCGUCAAGAUGUGGACCGUGGACGAGGGCCAAGAAGAAGACUACGAAGCCGCCCUCCAAAAAUGCCCGGUGCCCAGAAAGACGGAUCUGCAGUCGGAACUCGAUUCUCCGCGUUCCGCCUCUGCGGCCACGACGACGGCGAAACGAACGAUUGUGUCGACCGGCUGGGGAGAUCUGCCUGACAAUGACCCGAACAAGACGUUGAGUGACGAUCAGCUCAAUUUUCGUCGGAUGCGAAUUGGUCGAGUGCCCUUCAAGCAGCUUCCCCCCGGUGGUGGCCAUAUCGAAAACCUGGCCGAAAAGAUCCGACUCGCCGUAGACAAGGGAUACCUCGAUUUCCACAAUGCAGCUUCAUUAAAACAGCUACCACCAAGCGUGCUGACCCACAUCAACACGCUGCUGAACAAGCUGCCCGAGUUGGAGACCGUCGAAAGGGACAUGGGCGAGCUGGUGGCCGUCAGCAAGCCGGACGGGCAGGAGAUUCCCACGAACAGCCCGAAGCACUUUAUGAACGAGAGUCAGCAGAUGGACUACGACCGAAUGGUGAUCCAAGUGACCACGCUACGCAUCGAGCUCUCCCAACAGGCCAAGAACAUUCGCCGCCUCCUCACCGAGUCCGGCAUCAACCCCGUGGAGCAAGAGUUUGGCAGCGAGCCCUACUACCCGUUCCUCGACCAGAACCAU